AAUUCUAACAAAGAAUAUACAAGCAAAGGUAUUGAAAUUAUUGAUAUUAGCAAAGAUAUUGCUAUCAUUAAUAUUGGCAAGAAUGAAUAUACAGAUGAAGAUACAGAAAUCAUUGAUAUUAGCGAAGAUGAAGGUACUGAAGUCACAGAUCUUAGCGAAGAUAUUGAAACCAUAAAUAUUAGCAAAGAUAAUGGCAUUGUAAAUAUUAGCGAAGAUAAUGGCAUUGUAAAUAUUAGCGAAGAUAUUAAAAUUAUGAACAUUAGCGAUGAUUAG